AUGAGUAUAACUACAUAUAAUGGAUCUGCUGUAAUCGGGAUGAAAGGAAGGAAUUGCGUCGCAAUCGCCACUGACAUGCGUUUUGGGGUGGGAUAUCAGACAAUCGCAACCAAUUUUCCAAAAGUUGAACAGUACCAACGUCUCUUAUUCCGGAAAAAUAUGUAUGAACUUCGGGAAAACCGUCACAUCAGACCAAAAACCCUUCUCUACAUGCUCUCCAACUUACUCUACGAACGAAGGUUUGGUCCUUAUUUUGUGGAGCCAAUAGUUGUCGGUAUUGAUCCCGUCACUAAUGAACCGUUCGUUGGUGGUAUGGACUUGAUCGGCUGCAUAAUGGAAACUGAUGAAUUUGUCGUUGCCGGUUCUUGUACGGAACAGUUGUACGGCAUGUGCGAGACGCUAUGGGAGAAGGAUAUGGGAAGUCGAUCUUUGUUUCCUUGCCAUAUUUUUGGUGACCAUAUGAACACCUGUUGUAUCUUGAACGCUACGAAUCGCGACUGUAUCUCCGGGUGGGGAGCGCGUGUUUACCUAAUGUAG